GAUUACUUGGAAGUUAAGGAAGCGAAAACGCGCGCCGCGGGAGUGUCGGGAAGAAAGCGCCCGGAACAGCCCGGAGCGACCUGACUUCCCCCCGCGCUCCAGGCUCGGGAGGCCCGGGAGUUCCUGCGGUUACUGCUCUGCGCAUGAUCGGAAGUCAGGCUUUGCGCAGUGGGCUGGGUCGGUGGGUGUGGGUGUUAACUGAUUGGCUCCAUAUUCAGUGCAGAACAAUCGGUUUGCAUCUGUUCUUCCCGUAGCACCCUCCAGCUGCUAGAAACAAGAUCGCAUACCAGGAAGCGUUGAGGCUGCCCGACUGCCCAUCUUCCCGUAGUAAAGAUGGCGGCGCCCUGACAGUAAACGACACGUCAAACCACUUCCGCGUUUCUCUUGCGCCCUCGUUCAAGAUGGCGGACGAGGCCACCCGGCGUGUCGUGUCUGAGAUCCCAGUGCUGAAGACUAAUGCCGGACCUCGCGAUCGGGAGCUGUGGGUGCAGCGCCUCAAGGAGGAGUAUCAGUCUCUGAUCCGGUAUGUGGAGAACAACAAGAAUGCAGACACUGAUUGGUUCCGACUGGAGUCCAACAAGGAAGGGACUCGGUGGUUUGGAAAAUGCUGGUACAUCCAUGAUCUCCUCAAAUAUGAGUUUGACAUCGAGUUUGACAUUCCUAUCACAUAUCCUACUACUGCUCCAGAAAUUGCAGUCCCUGAGCUGGAUGGAAAAACAGCCAAGAUGUACAGGGGCGGCAAAAUAUGUCUGACUGAUCACUUUAAGCCUUUGUGGGCCAGGAACGUGCCCAAGUUUGGACUAGCUCAUCUUAUGGCUUUGGGGCUGGGCCCAUGGCUGGCAGUGGAAAUCCCCGAUCUGAUUCAGAAAGGCGUUAUUCAGCAUAAAGAGAAAUCAUCUGAAGGAUCAAGCCACUGAGGCUGGACAGGGGACCUUUGAGAGGCUACGUUCCUUUUUCCUGUGUGUCCCUUAC